ACAAAGUUCCCUGUCUACUAUCCCGAUGGGUGGCCCGCGUGCUGUUAAUUCCCCCAGUCCGUCAGUAGAACUCGAGGCACACGGACGUGCGACCGGCCGCUGCUCCACAUUGUUAGGGAAAAAUACUCGAAUUUACUACCAUUAGUGCAACUUGUAGCCCCAGCCAACGGUCGUGUGCGAGAUGUUCGGCGCUCGAAUUGUAACGCUUGUAGCAAUAUGUUUAUUAAUCUGUUCGGACGUAACGGCAUGGAGACGCCGUCGUCGUCGCCGCUGCGACUGGUACUGGAACGCCUGGAGCGCCUGUAGUACUACUUGUGGUCCGGGUACCCAAAGGCGCACGGCCGGUGGCUGUGGGGCCCCGGGGCCGGAAACACGGGAUUGUAACGUGCGGUGCUACAACGGGGCAACAGUUCUGACUUCAUCAUGCGUCUGUCGACCAGGGUACACAGAUACAUGCUGUGACAAACGAAUCAGUUGCUGGACCCUGCACGCCCCAUCCCAUGGAACCCUAUCUGGGAAUUUCUACUUUGGAGACCAGGUGACUGUGAGGUGCAAUUCCGGCUACGACAUCCAGGGAAGCCCUUCUCGCACGUGUCGGGACGAUGGAACCUGGAGCGGCUCCGAAGCUACGUGUACACGACUAAGCUGUGAACCCCUGACGGCACCUGCAAAUGGUGGAAUACGGGGAACGACCUUCCUCUACUCUGACGUUGUGACGUUUUACUGUAACAGCGGGUAUGAGCUGAGUGGGUCACACAGCAGAACCUGUGAGGCCAGUCGAUUAUGGAGCGGUAGCCCGGCAACAUGUUCAAGAAAGGCAUGUCAGGCGCCAAUCGCUCCACUAAACGGAUACGUGUCAGGUGCAGGCCACUUAUACACCGAUACGAUGACGUUUAGCUGUGCCGUUGAACUUGGCUACGUGUUGCAAGGGCCAUCCACCAGUGUGUGUCAAGCUGACCAAACAUGGAGUAAUGGCACCCCCACGUGUCAACUCAUCAUGUGCGAUCAACUCGACCCCUCACCGAACGUAGUGACUGUACCGGACACCUGCACAACAGAGAGAUCGAGGUUCAAGGAAAACUGUGUACUCUCCUGCGAACCUGGAUUCACCAGUUCAAGUGAACAGGCAGUACUAGUGACCACCUGUGGUGCCUCGGUACUACCAGGCAGCACCAAUGGCAGCUGGACAGAAUCUAUUGAUGACUUCAAAUGUCAAGACAUAACACCUCCCAGAAUAGUCUGCCCAAGUGACAUUACAGCAGACAAUGACCCGGGCUUGGACAGUGCAGAAGUGACUUGGGCAGCACCCGUUGCCAUGGACACCACUGGAGUUACACCGCAGGUUUUGAGCAGCAUUACACCGCCACAGAGGUUUACAAUAGGAAUACACACCCUAAACUACACAGCCAUUGACGAAGAGGGGCUUGCGGCUUCGUGCGAUUUCCUGGUCGAAAUACGAGACAUCAAUGAAGUCUCAUCGGAAAGAGAACUUUCCAUCCAGUGGGAUGAGCCAACGUGGACAGACAAUAGCGGUAACAUAAGCGAUGUGUUCAGAUCAAAUAAUCCAGGGUCCCUGUUCUACUGGGGAGUUCCUCAGCUUGUGUAUUACAUCGCAAGGGACAGUGCAGGAAACAAAGGAUUCUGCAACUUUACUGUGAUCGUAAAACAACAUGCCUGCCCUUACCAAGCCCCACCACAAAACGGUGCCAUUGCCUGUGACACGUGGUUAGGAGGACAGUUCUGCUCAGUGUCCUGUAACCGUGACUUUGACUUUGCUCGUGAGCCAGAAUCACUCUACUACUGCAGACAGGAGGCUGAGGGAGGAACAUGGUCUCCAUUUUUCCCCAGCUUUCAUGAGUUCAUCUUUCCCUGGCCGGACUGCACAAGGGAAUAUGCACCCGGAGCAGUUGUUGGUCUUCAAGUCCAGUACUACACAAGUGACUGUGCUGUCGACACAGAAGAGGUCCGACAGAACUUCAUUGAGCAGGCCCAAAUGCUGAACUUUUUAGCACAAGGUUUUUGCAUGGACGAGGCUGAAUGUAACAUAGACAAUGUUCAAGUCUCGUGUGGUACACCUGCAACACGUGAAACAAGAAGUGCUAAAAAUAUCAUCACCGUAGACUUUGAUGCCAUCAUUACCUGGAAUGAGAGUUCUUCCCUCAACGGAACUUCAGUCCUGUCUGUAACAGCGCAGAUGGACCUUUUUGUGUUGGACAUUGAAACCACUUUGGCCAAUGGAGGUUUCAACAUUUCAGUCGCCAACCUCACUAUUCCCACCAUCCCUGGUUCCUUCAGCAAGGUCACAGAUACAGUACUGACGUGCAGCCGAGGACAUGUGCUCAAAGAUUCGAUCUGCUGGCCGUGGCAGCUGCAGAAUGCAGAGGUUGGCAGAUGUUUCAUGUAA